UUUUCCACAACCUCAACACCAUCCACCUCCAGAACAAUUUUUAUCACUGCAAACUGAAAUGCUACUCAUUAAAAAAUAACUUCUUUUCCUUUUACCCGCCUCAUUCCACAACCCUUACCCCUAGCAAUUUCCAUUUCUGUCUCUUUAGCUAUGCUAGAAACUUGACUCAAAUGGAAUCAUAAAUAAUUGUCUUUUUCUUUCAGGCUUAUUUUACUUAGUUAAAUCCAACACCCCGGUAAUUAGCUGGAUUCCAAUUUGUAUGCUAUUGUAGAUGCUAUAUUUUAGAACAAAUGACUAGCUUGGUACUUGAUAAUCUUUCCAUUUUUUAAGGAUACUUCACUCUAGCAGAUUAUGAACUCAGACGGGUGGUAGACAAUUCAUUCUAGCACUGUGACUCCUGUAACUAUUUUUGGCCUUCUGUGUCUUUAGAUUCGGAGUUAUUUUCAUCUCACUAUUCAUGGAUUUUAGAUCCUUUGCAAAAUUCCACGUAAUCUCUUAACGACAGCAUAUAAUAAUAGAACUCAGGCGGGAAUCAAACUUACUGGACCACCCAGGAGAAAGGAAGUUAAUUUGGGAUGCCCAUAUGGCAGCUUCCCCUUUUGAUACAAGGUAACUUCUCUGAGUAAAUUUAAUCUGCUCUAAACUAAGAAAACUAAAACUCUUAAUCAAACUCUUAUCUUUCACUGGGAAAAAUUUUGAAAGUCACAGCGGGUUCCACGUUAGGAGAUGUUAAGGUUUAUUCAGCUUUGUCUUGCAGCACCCCUAGGUCAUUAGGGCUUUGCCAACAAACUGAGUAAUUGCUACAGGAGACCCUACUCCUGUAGCGGUCUCUCAGUGCGUUACUUUGGCCUAGUCUGUGUUUACAAUCACGUCCACAUCACAGCACACCGACCCUGGGAUGGCCACUGCUGGCGCAGCGAGGUAAGUGGAGGCAGCACAGCGAGCGCAGAUCACCCGGCCGCCCACAAAAAGCUCUCCAUUUCUGCAGGCUCUUUUGAGACCAAGCACAACCACGCUCGCACACAGGAUGAGCGACAGAUCUGGAGUCAGCCGUCUUCCCUCGUAACAAAGUCCGUCCUUAGUUACUAAAACAGCAGAAGUAUACUGCGGGGCAGCUCGGAGCGCAGAGGCGUACAAAACAAACGCUCACACCCAACGUGCCCUCAAACUCACGUCUCUUCCCGGCAGGCUUCAGGAGUUACCGCGAGACGUGAAGUCUCGCGAGAUUUAUCGGCAGCCAUCUUCUGGGGGUGCUGGGAGCCGGGGAGACCCCCUCAAUCGUUCCCAUUGAGCUGCCCUUCGUCUUUAUUUCCUUCACUUUUGCAUCUUCUUCAUUGCCGUCAAACACCUAGACCUGAAGCUGAGAGAAACCUGGGGUCUAAGCGCGUUUCGCGCACCCGGUUCGGAAAGACUCGCUGGGGAGUGGGGAAGGGGGAGGGCCCGGGCUAACCGUCGCUGCCCGAGACUGGGCCGGGGUCUGGGGAAGGGGAGCUCCUGCCGCCCCGUGGAUUCGGGGCCUGCGCCGGGCCCCGCGGAGCUGGUCGUCGGUCGGGGCUCGCGGGAACCUGCCACCGGUGCCUCCCACCGCGGUCCACGCGGGCGGCGCGCGGAGAGGGGGCGGGGGCGGCGGCGGCCGUAGCGGCCGCGACCUGGGCGGUCGGAGCGUGACGGGCCUCGGGCCGCGGUGGAUGGUGUCUAAGAUGAUCAUUGAAAACUUCGAGGCCCUCAAGUCCUGGCUCAGCAAGACUCUCGAGCCCAUUUGUGAUGCAGAUCCAUCAGCCCUAGCAAAAUAUGUUCUGGCUUUGGUAAAGAAAGACAAAAGUGAAAAAGAGUUAAAGGCAUUAUGUAUUGAUCAGCUGGACGUAUUUCUUCAGAAAGAAACACAGAUAUUUGUGGAAAAACUUUUUGAUGCUGUGAAUACAAAGAGUUAUCUACCUCCUCCAGAGCAACCAUCAUCAGGGAGUCUGAAGGUAGAGUUUUUUCAGCACCAAGAAAAAGAUAUAAAAAAAGAAGAGAUCAGUAAGGAAGAAGAGCGAGAGAAGAAAUUUUCUAGAAGACUAAAUCAUAGUCCUCCUCAGUCAAGCUCCCGAUAUAGAGAAAAUAGAAGUCGUGAUGAAAGGAAAAAAGAUGAUCGUUCUCGCAAAAGAGAUUAUGAUAGAAACCCUCCCCGAAGAGAUUCGUACAGAGACCGGUAUAAUAGAAGACGAGGGCGAAGUCGCAGUUAUAGCAGGAGUCGAAGCCGAAGUUGGAGUAAAGAACGACUUCGUGACAGGGACAGAGAUAGAAGCAGGACUAGAAGCAGAAGCAGAACACGAAGCAGGGAAAGGGAUCUGGUAAAACCUAAGUACGACUUGGAUAGAGCAGAUCCAUUAGAAAAUAAUUAUACUCCCGUCUCUUCAGUACCUAAUAUCUCAUCUGGUCACUAUCCUGUACCUACUUUGAGCAGCACAAUUACUGUAAUUGCUCCUACACAUCAUGGUAAUAACACUACUGAAAGUUGGUCUGAAUUUCAUGAAGACCAGGUGGACCAUAACUCUUACGUAAGACCACCAAUGCCAAAGAAACGGUGUAGAGACUAUGAUGAAAAAGGUUUUUGUAUGAGAGGUGACAUGUGCCCUUUUGAUCAUGGAAGUGACCCAGUAGUUGUAGAAGAUGUCAAUCUUCCUGGUAUGCUGCCUUUCCCAGCACAGCCUCCUGUUGUUGAAGGACCACCUCCUCCUGGACUUCCCCCACCUCCCCCAAUCCUUACACCACCACCUGUGAAUCUUAGACCCCCAGUGCCACCUCCAGGUCCAUUACCUCCCAGUCUCCCACCUGUCACAGAUGAUAUUUCUUAUUCUUUGGUUUUGACAGGACCACCGCCUCCCCUUCCUCCUCUGCAGCCAUCUGGCAUGGAUGCUCCACCGAACUCUGCAACCAGCUCCGUUCCCACUGUUGUAACAACUGGCAUUCAUCACCAGCCUCCUCCUGCUCCACCCUCUCUUUUUACUGCAGUUUUUGUAUUACCAGAUGCAUAUGACACAGAUGGCUACAAUCCUGAAGCUCCAAGCAUAACAAAUACUUCUAGACCUAUGUAUAGACACAGAGUGCAUGCACAAAGGCCUAACUUGAUAGGACUAACAUCAGGGGAUAUGGACUUGCCACCCAGAGAAAAGCCUCCUAAUAAAAGCAGUAUGAGGAUAGUAGUGGAUUCAGAAUCGAGAAAAAGAACGAUAGGUUCCGGGGAGCCUGGAGGUCCUGCAAAGAAGACUUGGUUUGAUAAACCAAAUUUUAAUAGGACAAACAGCCCAGGCUUUCAGAAGAAGGUUCAGUUUGGGAAUGAAAAUACUAAACUUGAACUAAGAAAAGUUCCCCCAGAAUUAAAUAAUAUCAGCAAACUUAAUGAACAUUUUAGUCGAUUUGGAACAUUGGUUAAUUUACAGGUUGCCUAUAAUGGUGAUCCUGAAGGUGCCCUUAUCCAAUUUGCAACAUAUGAAGAAGCAAAGAAAGCAAUAUCAAGUACAGAAGCAGUAUUAAACAACCGCUUUAUUAAGGUUUAUUGGCACAGAGAAGGGAGCACUCAGCAGUUACAAACUACAUCCCCAAAGGUAAUACAGCCUUUAGUCCAGCAGCCCAUUUUACCUGUUGUGAAGCAGUCUGUCAAAGAGCGGUUAGGUCCAGUACCUUCAAGUACUGUUGAACCGGCAGAAGCCCAGAGUGCUAGUUCAGACCUUCCUCAGAAUGUAACUAAGUUAUCUGUGAAGGACAGGUUGGGUUUUGUAUCAAAGCCAUCUGUUUCAGCAACUGAAAAGGUGUUGUCUACAUCUACUGGCCUAACAAAGACGGUGUAUAAUCCAGCUGCUUUGAAGGCUGCACAAAAAACCUUACUUGUUUCCACGCCUGCAGUUGAUAAUAAUGAAGCACAGAAAAAAAAACAGGAGGCAUUGAAACUUCAGCAGGAUGUAAGGAAAAGGAAACAGGAAAUUUUAGAAAAGCACAUUGAAACACAGAAGAUGUUAAUUUCAAAACUAGAGAAAAAUAAAGUGAUGAAGUCUGAAGAUAAAGCAGAAAUAAUGAAAACUUUAGAAGUCUUGACAAAAAAUAUUACCAAGUUGAAAGAUGAAGUGAAAGCCACUUCUCCUGGGCGCUGUCUUCCAAAAAGUAUAAAAACCAAGACUCAGAUGCAGAAAGAAUUACUUGACACAGAAUUGGAUUUAUAUAAGAAAAUGCAGGCUGGAGAAGAAGUCACUGAACUUAGGAGAAAGUAUACAGAAUUGCAGCUGGAAGCUGCUAAAAGGGGGAUUCUUUCAUCUGGACGGGGUAGAGGAAUUCAUUCAAGAGGUCGAGGUGCAGCCCAUGGCCGAGGCCGAGGGCGAGGCCGAGGGCGAAGUGUGCUUGGUCAUGUUAUGGUUGAUCACCGUCCUAGAGCAUUGGAGAUUUCUGCAUUUACAGAGAGUGAUAGAGAAGAUAUUCUUCCUCAUUUUGCGCAAUAUGGUGAAAUUGAAGAUUAUCAGAUUGAUGACUCAUCACUUCAUGCAGUAAUUACUUUCAAGACAAGAGCAGAAGCAGAAACAGCUGCAGUGCGUGGAGCUCGUUUCAAAGGGCAGGAUCUGAAGCUGGCGUGGAAUAAACCAGUAGCCAACAUUUCAGCAGUGGAGACAGAAGAGUUGGAGCCUGACGAAGAGGAACAGAGAGAUCAUCAUUGCCUGAAUUAGCUUUGUGACUACAAGAGCAAGACCUGUUCCUGUCUGGAGACGACUGUUAAUGAUUAUUAUCACCUUAUCAUUUUGUUUGCUCUUUAUCAUUUUGAGUAGCUGUUUACAUGUACUAUAAUUAGCAUUUUAUAUUUACAGUACUCUAAGCAUACACCCCACUCCAAAUGUGUAUCUAAAUAUAUGCUGUGACCUCCCAUAAAUGUUUUCUCCCCUUCAUAGCCAUUUGUUUUUUAAAACACCUAAAAGAAGAAAUGAUGCCUUUUUUCCCCUAAUGUGAGAUAUAUACAGUCUCAGCCAAAUUGAUAAUUGUGUCUAGAAAAUCUAUAAAGCCAUGAUAAUGUGUUUAUUAGCAAUUUAGAAUGAAGAAAAUUAAAAAGUUAAACGUAAGUUUCGGUUUUAAAUUUUCUUGGUUUUAGGGUAUAUUUCCAGGAUCAGAAUAGCCACUUAAAAUAAUUUUGAAUAGAUAAUGUUAAAAAUUUUUUUACAUGCUAUUACAGUCUGCCCUUUUCUUAUGAAUAUGUUAAAAGUCAUUGCCAAGGCUACACAUUUUUUUCUUUUAGCUCUUAGGUUUUCAAAAUUAGAAUAAUUUUCUUUAAUAAAUUAUGGUUUGUUGAUUAUAAAUACCGGAAAAUAAAUUUCUGAUUUACAGUUUUUCAUGUUGUAAUUAAGACAUCAGAGACAAUCUUAAAUGUAAGGGAAAUGGUGUGUCUUCCAUUGUUAAAGAUCAUAGUUUUCAACUCUUAAAAGUGUAUGUAUAAAUUAUAAGCAGUACGGUUGGGAUUCUAAAAACUAAGUCUCGUUCUAAAUAUCACAGUAUCAUUUUGUAUAAAGGGCAACAUGAAAAAAUGUUUCCACAGAUUUAUUCUUCCAUAGAUUCUUUGGAGCCAUUUGAGAAGGUGUACAUUACACUUAGUAACAUUAUUAGAAAUGUCCAAAUUACAAUUUCUGUUUACCUUAGGGUUAAAAAUUUUUUUUUUAGUUCUAUGCAGCCAUACUUUUUUCUUUUGGUGCAAAUGUUUUAUUUUCCCUAAGAAUAUGCAUUGUGAUUGAACAAAUUAUCAAACAAUAAAAUAGUGUAAUGAAUACAUCACUCAUAAUGUAAAUUAUCUAUUUUGAUCUAUAUUGGUUUUACAAGGCAUGUUUAAAGGAAAAUUACGUGUUUUGGAAAGUUUAAUACUACCUAGUCAUCUACAAGGCUUUUUUUGUUUUAAUUGGACUUUUCUUUUGAUUCACAUUACCAACUAGAAGAUAGGUUCAGCGAGUUCACAAAUAUUUUCCCAGAUUAGUUUGGUAGUCUAUAUUCAAGGAAAGAUUCUCCUCCCCUACAGUGGUGGUUUAGAUGCUACAUUAGAACCCAAAAAAUAUUUUCUGAAGAGACCAUACUUUCUGUAAUUUUGAUUGGUUAGUGAAUGUGGACCACUUGUGAUCAUCAUCAGCUUUAUUUUGUCAUCUUUUUUAUACUUUGCUUUUAAAUUAAGAACAAAGCAAAACAAAAUUGAAUAUAUCAUUGGGAAUCAAAAUUCAAAAUAAUAUCAUUCUUGCUAAGAUGAUUGUGUUUUUGAAAAUUGUUGUGAGAGCCAGUUAAUUUAUUUAAAUGCUCAUAUGUUGCUAAAUUAAAAUAGGAUUCUCAUUCUUAUUUCCUGAGUAAGAGUCUCACGGAGCUAUGUGUACAUAGGUAACUGUACAGAAUCACAUUUAUGUACUUAAAUGAAGUGGUUUACCUCUGCAUGAUUGCAUUAUGGAAGCCUUUUAUAUAUCUUUAUAUUUUUCAAUAUGCUUAAAUUUUACACUAUUAGCUGCUCUAGUCAUGCUAUAUUUGUUUUUUUUUUUAAAUAGAGUUUAUAAAUAUGCUCAAAAUACAGAUCAAUGGAAUAUUUUUGGUCUUGUUUACAAGAUAAAUACUUUAAAACACACCCCUCAAGUGUCUUAGGAAAAAGUCAAUGGUGCUACAAAACCUUUCAUUAUCACUUUUGAACCUGUUGUCUAGACUUUGCUAGGCUUUAGUCUAUGAUUGCUUGUGAUUUAUUCUAAUCUAGUAGCCUAAUUAUUAAAAGUGGUCUGAGCUAAACCAAGCAAAUGCCCAGCUCAUUAGAAACACGUUUUAAUUUAAGGAAAUGAUGCAGAAUGACUUUAUGUGUGCUCAGUUUUCCCCAAAAGACUAGCUUAUUUUGAUAAGCAGGAGGACAUUAAUUUGACUAAAUUUUAAAAUUACAUGUUCAGCAUGGCCAUUUUCUCAUAUUUCAAAUGGAAAAUUUUCUAAUCUUAAAAUAUUAUGUAAUAUUCUGCCUUAAAUAUCAACAAUCUCAGUAAGAGGCAGAGUAAUUCUUCAAAUAUUUGCAGAACAUUUGAUAACUUACAAGAUAUGUGUUAUUACAGUGUACAAGGUUUUCAUUUAUGUGUAGUUUUUAUUUUAUCCUAAGAAUUUUAUUCCAGCACCUUAGUUCAAUAUCGGCAGAGCAUCCAUAAAAUACUGCUUUUGAUUUUCACUGUCUUGAAUAUGUUUUUGAAUGUGACACAAAACAUACUGUCUGGCACAAAAUUCCCUUUUAUUGUUUUAUUUUAAUUCACAUUUCUGUGGACUAUUGAAUCUGAAAACACCAAAGGAAUCAUUUCUUGUCUGGAGGUUGGAUUAUUCCAGUGUUUAAUACCUGUGCCCAUAAGUAUCCCAUUUCAUGAAUGUGUGUUGGCAUGGGGAAAAAUUCCCUGCUCUUUGCGUGGAGCGAAAGUAAUUGGUUAAGCUGUAGCAGCUUUUGUUUAUUUUUAAAAGUGAUAAUAAAACUUGAACUGAAAAAGGCAAAACUUGAAAUAGAAAACUACUCUUGUAUGCUUACAUGUUUAUGUGGGGUUGUCAACAUUUUUAUUAUUUAUAGUUGAAUUAUGUUUUGUUUGUUAAAU